CGAGGAGGGGGCUGAAGGCGCUGCCCCUUCCAGCUUGGAGGGGCUGUGGGGGGUAAGACCCGACCCCGCGGAGGCACCCCCGGGCCGGGCAGAGCCCCGCUCCAGCACGGGCUCGUUUCCUCUCCCGAGUGCUCUCCCGCUCCUUGGCGCUUUCCGGGCGAGCGGAUCUGAGGCGUCGGGAGCCGCUGGGGAAGUUGGCAGCCGUGGGAAAAAAACGGAGAACUCUCCCACCGCCUGCCCGGGUGCAGCCCCGCCACCCUCCUCCUCCUCCUCCUCCCCCUGGUGUGAUGAGCUUGCCGUGCUCUGCCAGCCGGGCGAUUUUCCGGGGGCUGCUCCCGCGCUGGGGGAUGCCCGCUGCCUUCGGCGGCGGCUGCGACGGAGAGAGAGGCUGCGGGUCUCCAGAGGAAGGACGCGAAGGGCUCGUGUCUCUGCUGCUGUCUCUCCACCCUGGUGUAGCCAUGCAGAGCCCGGCACCCUCCAGCAGCCCGCCCGCCCACUGCUGCCCUGGGGCCGGCGGCACCGGCGGGAGCCGCUGACGGUGCCGGAGCGGGAUCCCCCCGGAGCGAUGGCACCCGCCAGCCCGGCCCCCUGAGCGCCUUCCCGGCCCGAGCUCUGCCCCAGCACGGCCUUGGCGAUGAGCGGGGGUCACUUCUGCAUGGAGCGUCUCUCCUUCUGCCUCCUCCUGAGUGCCUGGAGCUGGGGGUGGGCGCCCGGGGGUGCCGCCAAGCCCAAGGGCCAGGGCUACCCGCACAUGAACUCCAUCCGCAUCGACGGGGACAUCACGCUCGGGGGGCUCUUCCCCGUGCACGGCCGGGGCGCUGAGGGCAAGGCCUGCGGGGAGCUCAAGAAGGAAAAGGGCAUCCACCGCCUGGAGGCCAUGCUUUUCGCCCUGGACCGCAUCAACAACGACCCCGACCUGCUCCCCAACAUCACCCUGGGCGCGCGCAUCCUGGACACCUGCUCGCGGGACACGCACGCCCUGGAGCAGUCGCUGACCUUCGUGCAAGCCCUCAUCGAGAAGGACAGCACCGAGGUGCGCUGCGUCAGCGGGGGCCCCCCCAUCAUCACCAAACCCGAGCGGGUGGUCGGCGUCAUCGGCGCCUCGGGCAGCUCCGUCUCCAUCAUGGUGGCCAACAUCCUGCGGCUCUUCAAGAUCCCCCAGAUCAGCUACGCCUCCACCGCGCCCGACCUGAGCGACAACAGCCGCUACGACUUCUUCUCGCGCGUCGUCCCGUCGGACACGUACCAGGCCCAGGCCAUGGUGGACAUUGUCAAAGCCCUCAAGUGGAAUUACGUCUCCACCCUGGCCUCUGAGGGCAGCUACGGGGAGAGCGGCGUGGAGGCCUUCAUCCAGAAAUCCAGGGAGGAUGGCGGGGUCUGCGUGGCCCAGUCCGUCAAGAUCCCGAGGGAGCCCAAGCCAGGAGAGUUUGACAAGAUCAUCCGGCGCCUCCUGGAGACCUCCCACGCCCGGGCCGUCAUCAUCUUCGCCAACGAGGACGACAUCAGAAGGGUGCUGGAGGCGGCCAAGAGGGCGAACCAGACGGGGCACUUCAUCUGGAUGGGCUCGGACAGCUGGGGCUCCAAAAUCGCCCCGGUGCUGCACCUGGAGGAGGUGGCCGAGGGCUCCGUCACCAUCCUGCCCAAGAGGGUCUCCGUCAGAGGUUUCGACCGCUACUUCUCCAGCAGGACACUGGACAACAACCGCCGGAACAUCUGGUUUGCUGAGUUUUGGGAGGAUAAUUUCCACUGCAAGCUGAGCCGGCACGCGCUGAGGAAAGGCAGCAGCAUCAAGAAGUGCACCAACCGGGAGCGGAUCGGCCAGGACUCCUCGUACGAGCAGGAGGGGAAGGUCCAGUUCGUCAUCGACGCCGUCUACGCCAUGGGACACGCUCUGCACAACAUGCACAAGAACCUGUGCCCCGGCAAGGUCGGGCUGUGCCCCAGGAUGGACCCGGUGGACGGGGUGGAGCUGCUCAAGUACAUCCGCAACGUCAACUUCUCAGGCAUUGCUGGGACCCCCGUGACAUUCAACGAGAACGGGGACGCGCCGGGGCGUUACGACAUCUACCAGUACCAGAUCAGGAACUCCACCCCUGAGUACAAAGUCAUCGGGCAGUGGACAGACCACCUGCACCUCAAGGUUGAGAACAUGCUGUGGCCAGGAGGUGGGACCCAGCUCCCCAGCUCCAUCUGCAGCCUGCCCUGCAAGCCGGGCGAGAGGAAGAAGCUGGUGAAGGGCAUUCCCUGCUGCUGGCACUGCGAGCGCUGCGACGGCUACCAGUACCAGCUGGACGAGUUCCACUGCAAGCGCUGCCACUUCAACGAGCGGCCCAACGAGAACCACACCAGCUGCACCCCCAUCCCCAUCAUCAAGCUGGAGUGGAGCUCGCCCUGGGCCGUGGUGCCCGUCUUCAUCGCCAUCGUGGGCAUCAUCGCCACCCUCUUCGUGGUGAUCACCUUCGUGCGCUACAACGACACGCCCAUCGUCAAGGCGUCGGGGCGGGAGCUGAGCUACGUCCUGCUGACAGGGAUCUUCCUCUGCUACGCCACCACCUUCCUCAUGAUCGCCGAGCCUGACCUGAGCACCUGCUCCUUGCGACGCAUCUUCCUGGGGCUGGGCAUGAGCAUCAGCUACGCCGCGCUGCUCACCAAGACCAACCGCAUCUACCGCAUCUUCGAGCAGGGCAAGAAGUCGGUGAGUGCCCCCCGGUUUAUCAGCCCCGCUUCCCAGCUGGUCAUCACCUUCAGCCUCAUCUCGCUGCAGCUCGUCGGCGUCUGCAUCUGGUUCAUCGUGGACCCGUCCCACUCUGUCAUUGACUACGAGGACCAGCGGACUACAAACCCCCACUUUGCCCGGGGCAUCCUCAAAUGUGACAUUUCGGACCUGUCCCUCAUCUGUUUGCUUGGGUACAGCAUGCUCCUCAUGGUCACCUGCACUGUCUAUGCUAUUAAGACCCGUGGAGUCCCGGAGACCUUUAACGAAGCCAAACCCAUCGGGUUCACCAUGUACACUACUUGCAUUGUGUGGUUAGCCUUCAUCCCGAUAUUUUUUGGGACGUCACAGUCGGCGGAAAAGAUGUACAUCCAGACCACGACGCUCACCAUCUCGGUGAGUCUGAGUGCCUCGGUGUCCCUGGGCAUGCUCUACAUGCCCAAGGUGUACAUCAUCCUCUUCCACCCGGAGCAGAACGUCCCCAAGCGCAAGCGGAGCCUCAAGGCGGUGGUGACGGCGGCCACCAUGUCCAACAAGUUCUCUCAGAAGGGAGGUUUCCGCCCCAACGGAGAGGCCAAGUCGGAGCUCUGCGAAAACCUGGAGACACAAGCACUGGCCACCAAACAGACCUAUGUCAGCUACAGCAACCACGCCAUUUAGCUCCAGGGGCUGCGGGAGCCACGGCCCGGAGGGAGCGGAGCCGCUCCCGGCGGGACCCUGGAGGGAGGUGGCAGCCUGGGGAAACGCUCCUGCGGGGCCACUGGGGCAGAGCUCCCGGGAAAACGGCCAUCAACAGCAGCAAAAAAUCCACAAAGAACCAAUAAAACCAUUCCACGCCCACGGUGUCGGUGCAUGGCUCCCGGAGGGAGCGGGGGCACGGAGAGCAGGGAGGAGGUGACGAACUUCGGCAAGUCUUCGGGUUUUUUUUCUGUAUUUUGGCAAAAAAAAAAAAAAAAAAGGAGACCCAACAUUUUCCCUUUUCUGGAAUUUGUGAGAUUGUUUGUGGUUGUGCAGAACCUUCUGUUUUCUCUCUUUUUUUUUUUUUAAUCCUCCAUUUUAUUUUGUUCCUGUCUUCCUCCAUCCCUCUUCACUCUCUCCCCCAUAUCCUACCAAAUUCUAUAUGUUGCAAAAAGGAAAAAUAAAUAAAAAUACAUAAAAUUUACAUAAAAAAACAGACAACAAAAUAAAAUAAAAUAAAACCUAGACUGUGUUCAAAGUGCUGAUUUUUAUAGGUGGUUCCUUAAUGUAUGUGAUGACCAUAUGGAUUGAAAUACGUCUGCUUUAUGUACUGACCAGUCAAAAAACAAAAACACACAAAAAAAACAAAGUUCAGUGCCUGGAUGUUUAUGAAUUAUUCGAUGACUGUGUAGAGCAUGAUCAUUUUUAUACAAGGAGAUUUCUAAUAAAAGACCCUGGUUUUGCA